GAUGCCUUCAUUCUCACAUAUCGACAAUCCACAAACUCUCGGAUCAUACUGCUACUGGCUGUUCGCUACCACUGUUUUCCACGCUCGCUAAACAGAAGAACUAUGGCCGUUGGAGCUACUGACAACUCUCAGGAGUGGCAGGGUCACAUAGACAGACCUCCACCAGACGCUUGCGACGAGCGUCGUCGUAGAUGGGCCAACCUCCUUCGCAACCAACAUUACGAGCCCGUCAUCUUUGAUAUCUUGAGCGACGAGCUCCCAAAGUACACGAACAGCUGCGUCAUUGACCCUACAGAUGUAGUCGUACAUAUGCGUGAAUGCGCCCUGAUAUUAGCAUCAGCACCGGAAUUCUUCUUCGCAGCCGUAGAAGGCAAUCUAGUGAGUCGUAUGUCCACCGAUACUGAUCUACAGGCAGAGUAUGCCGCUAUAAAACAGCGCGCAUACCGUCAGCCCUCCAUCUACAUUCACCUCCUAGCAGACGAGGAGGGAAAUGCACCAACACCAAUCCAGUACUUGGUCAUCCGCGACACAAUACAAUACUACCUUGGCCGAAAGAGUUCAGAGCUAGCGCAUCAUAUCGACAAUGUUACUCCGCCGUUCGUGUCGAUCGAGGCGUCAACACGAGGAUACCGUAAGUACCUCCACACCCCAAGUACUGAUCGCUCUCCUAGACGCAUUGCUACACUUCUACGCUUGUGUGGUGGCAUCGGACUCCGCUGCUCCCAAGUCUCGCCAUACUUGCAGGACAUUUCUCUUCCGUACCCUCCAGCUGAGGUCGGCUAUGCGCUCCACGCGCAUCAGAGGUUGGCUCAGCAUCGCGCCCACCGCUCGUCCAACUACGUUAUGAACCUCGUCGAGGAUAUUUGCAUCCACCUCUUCCGCACCAAAAUAUUGACACAGCACUUCAAAAUGCAUCAAUAUAUCAUCUACCUCAUCUUCCGACCUUCACAAGCAGCGAUUGCAGAGAUCUUCUGCUCAGGUCUGCUGCAAUGCUGGGUUAACGGCGGCGGAGGGUUCAAUGCGUAUCCGGCUGGGCGAAGCGUCGCGAGUUCGAGAAAGGUCAGUGGGAUGGAGUGGGCGGAGCACGAGACUCUAGCUAGACAGGUGAGUCCGUUGGAAGAGCGAAUGGAGGUGAUGAAGGAAAGAGCGGAGGUCUGGAGGAAGGCGCUAGAUUGGAAGAAGGAAGACGAGGAACACGAAGAUACAGAUGCAGAGGAGGCUGCAGAAGGAGGUGAUAGUAUGGAUGUGUUAUGA